AUGGCCAAACCGUGCCCGCCGCCACAGAACAGCAAGUGUGCCGCACACUUGCAUGUAGGUAUCGUGAAACGCCAAAACCCCUGGUUUCAUCCGAUCCCGGUAAACGACCCGAACAUCCCCAAGCCUGUCAUCUGGACCCUGUCUAUCACGUCUAUCACAUUCCCCACCUUGGCCCAAGGAACGACAGCCGACCUCAACGACCGGGCCCAAGCACCCGAACUUUGCCCGUCAGCCAACCGACCAACUCACUCCCAAUCUGGUAUGUCGGACCAUUUCAGUAUCAUGAUCCGCUUCGGUCACCCGUAG